AGCAUUCUUGCCCUGCCUUCAGUCUGCCAACUGGCUUGGUUGACAACGGCUGGUGACCCAAGGAGCUGCUGAUAGACGCGUACUAGCCAUCUCUCAACAACUUCUUGAAUCAGCUAUUUCCACAGGUGUUCGAAAGAAGAUGAGUUUUUACAGAAGGCUUCGUUCCUUUUUCCAAAGACUCGCCUCUAGGGAGCACAGAGAGAUCCAUGUGCACAAAGUGCUUGUCCAACCUGUAGCAAUGGGGGCAUGCUCUGACUUUAGCCAGCAAGAACAGGCCUUGCCAGAGAAGCCCCAGAGAAGGAAAUGUUCAUGGUCCAUCCUGUCAGGCAUGAAAAGACUCUGUGUCUGUAGCCAAUCUGACACCUCGAUGGCAGACAGGGAUGAGGAGAGAACAAUUUCCUCACAAAGAAGGUGGAGGCACUUGUCCCGGAAGAAGAUAGCAGCUGAGAACCAGGUGGAGUCAGAGGAGGUGAAGCUGCAGGAGGAUACAGAGAAAGUUGAACUGGAUCCUACAGGGACGAAGAAGGAGGCGUCGGAGUCGCAGGGGAAGUGGGAAAAAGGGAGCCCAGAAGAGCAGGAAGAAGAGCGCACUCCCACCCCCUCAUUACCAAGCAGCGCCCAUAUGACCAUGACCCCCGGGGAGCAGCUUCCCUCAGCCCAGCUCCAAGCUGUGCUGAUGAGAGCCGUGAAGGGUCUGACGACACCCACCCUGGAGCAAUUUCAAGCCGCCGAGGAAGAGCUGAGGACCAUCGUAUCUCUACAUGGAGACAAGAUGGAGAGAGUUGGAGACGUCGUGGGACGUAUCUUAACCUGGCUGGAUAACGUCUGUGAUCCCAGAGCCAGAAAAGCAGCGCUGAGGGCCACGGCCUUGCUGGCUCGUCCCCACCCCCAGGACGUGGUUCUGAGCUGUGUGGCGCACACGCUGUCCUCGGACAGAUUUGAAUUCCUUGAAGCAGCCCCAGUGCUUUCCAGGGUCUGUGCUCAGAAGCUAUAGAAACUCUGCAGCGUUGGCACAGAAUUUCAGUCAAGCUUCCUGAAGACCUUAAAUCCAGGCCAUUUGCUCUUGUUCUCAGUGUCCCCAGGGCUUGACCACCAUGUCCGACCUUCCUCACCAAACUUGGAAGUCAAAUGACUGGAAGCCUUUUGGAUCUGUCUGCAGUCUUCCUCGGCAGAUGCCUGGGGUGACCAGGAGCGGUUAGAUCAGCAACAAUGGAGAGAAGAGAGGAGGGGGAUUUCAGUACUAGUUUCCUUCCAGCUCUGUCACACUGGGCAGUACAAUCUCCCUUUCCAAGCUCCUGAAUCCUCUCCUAUCAGGGCAUGUUCUGAGUCAGUGUCUGACCCUGUCCACCACACUGCAGUAGGAUUCAGCUGCUAAGAGACACUUGGCCAAAUGCUGGGUCUCAGUUACACCCCCAAAUAGCCAGAGUAACUCCAGUGAGGUCAGGCAAGUUCCUCGGGACUGACCCUAGCGUAACAGAGCAGAAUGUUGCACAGUCUGGUGGUCACACGGUGGUGGUCACUCGUGGUCAGAUCAUGGUCACUGUCCUGGAAACAGCGGUGCUAGCUUCAGGAACAAUAACCCAUUAGGGGAAAGGAAUAAAUACAAUCUUCUCUGACGGGACAUGCCCUGCCUCAGCUUCCCUGCACCAAUCGGUGUCUCCUCUCAGAGACACCUUUCCUGCCCGCUUUCCAAGCCUCUCCCUGGGGAGGGCAAGAGGUGGCCAAGCAGGGAAGGUCUGACUUCUCUUUCUGAAUCUGCAGAUGUGCCAUUGAGCUGUGGAAGGCCUUGGGGGAAGAACCACGGCUCCCCAGGGAGGUGCUGCAGCAGCUGCUGGACAAGCUCCAGCAGAGACGCCGGGAGGAGAAGAGUGGCAAUGUGUCCC